AUGGGCGGCGGGGCGGGGCGGUGCCCGGCGGCGCUGCUGCCGGCCCUGCUGCUGCUGCUGGCGCUGCCGGGCGGGCUGGGCAAGCCGACGGCGUGGCAGGAGCGGGCGCGGCCCGGCGCCGCGCAGCAGCACGAGGACGCGCCGGGCUUCCAGUACGACCACGAGGCCUUCCUGGGCAAGGAGGAGGCGCGGAGCUUCGACCAGCUCAGCCCGGAGGAGAGCCAGGAGCGGCUGGGGAAAAUUGUGGAUAGAAUAGAUGAAAACAAAGAUGGCUAUGUCACAACAGAGGAACUGAAAAACUGGAUUAAACGGGUACAGAAACGCUAUAUCUAUGAAAACGUUGCUAAAGUUUGGAAAGACUAUGAUACAAACAAGGACAAUAAAAUCACCUGGGAGGAGUACAAACAAGCCACCUAUGGUUAUUAUCUAGAAAAUCCCGAAGAAUUCCAAGAUGCAACAGAUCGGCACAGUUUUAAAAAAAUGCUGCCCAGAGAUGAAAGGCGAUUCAAAACUGCGGAUCUGGAUGGAGACCUAGCUGCCACUCGUGAAGAAUUCACCGCUUUCCUUCACCCAGAGGAAUUUGAGCAUAUGAAGAACAUCGUUGUCCUAGAAACAUUAGAAGACCUAGACAAAAAUGAGGAUGGCUUUGUGGAUCAGGAUGAGUACAUUGCUGAUAUGUUUGCAAAUGAAGAGGGUGGGCCCGAGCCUGACUGGGUGGCUACAGAGCGUGAGCAGUUUUCAGAUUUCCGUGACCUCAACAAGGAUGGAAAGAUGGACAAAGAGGAGAUUCAGCACUGGAUUCUCCCUCAAGACUAUGAUCACGCACUAGCUGAAGCCAGGCAUCUAGUCUAUGAAUCGGAUGUCAAUAAGGAUCAAAAACUAACAAAAGAGGAGGUUUUAGACAACUGGAAUAUGUUUGUUGGAAGUCAAGCUACUAAUUACGGGGAAGACCUCACAAGAAACCACGAUGAACUAUGAUAUAAGUAUACCAAGCAGUAUGCCACAGGCCUUUUCUCCAUUUUACUGAAUCCACCAUGUCUGUCCCCUUUUUGGGGAAGAUGGACAAGGGACACACUCAAAAACUGAUUGACUUGCAUAUAUUUUUUAAUACGGCAGUUUAUUACCUCAGCAACUAUGCAGAAAUAGGUUUUUUUUUUUUUUAAUUUUCUUCACAAGGUUAAAUACAGUAUCUAGUUAUACCAUUCUAUUACAGGGGGGAGAAAAUGGUAAUAUUUCUUAGUAGAUUAGACCCUGGCCUGGGAAAAACACUUAAAACACAACUCCAAGGAUCUUCAAUAAUGUAUUUUCUUCAAAUGACCAUUUUUACUGUAGUGAAAUGCAGCUAGGAUUAGGAAGAAACCUACUUUUUAAAUAGACUUGUUUAGCCAUCAUUUCUAGUAGUGUAGAAUCAUAGUAUGGCUUAGGGUGGAAGGGACCUUAAAGAUCAUCUAGCUCCAACCCCCUGCUGUGGGCUGACUGCCACCCACCAGAGCAGGCUGCCCAGGGCCCCAUCCAACCUGGUCUGGAAUGCCUCCAGGGAGCAGGCAUCCAGAACUUCUCUGUUCUUACAGUCUGACCCUUCCAUACAGAGGUUUGACAAGAUCCACAACAUUUUGUCCGCACAGUAUUUUUUUUUUUUUUUUAAUCUCCAAGUUGGGCUGAAGGAGAUAUCCAGCAGACACACGGGUCAUAGCUUUACAAGUGCAACGUGUACAAUUGGCCCUUCUCUCUGACCCCCGCUGCAGUGCUGAAGCAGCACUUGUGGCCCAACACCCAUACUGGCAUUCCCCAGCAAGAGUUGUCAGGUUCUUACUGACAGCUGCUCCUUCUGACAACAGAAUAACGUACAUUGUUUGUGGGCUGUUAGUUAUGCUGUUUCCUGCAAGGAAUUAUGCCACAUGGAGCGUAAUUUAUCUCAUGCUUUUCGCACUUUACCCAAGCCAUACUCUUGUUCACACAGUGUGAAUGGCAGCAGCUCUAUGAUGGAGAAGGAAUGAGACAUAUCACCCCUCUGGGCCUUCUGUUUUCUGUACCACAUACAGAGACAGAUUCAUGUGGCUAAAGUUCUAGUUUGUAUGUAUGUACGUAUAAAUAUGUGUUACUGAAGCAACUACAUGGAGACAGCUUUCCUUCCAAAGAAAGGAGUAAGCUUUCCACACAGGUGCUUUCUUUUUUACUGUAUAAUGUGAGCAGUAACAUGUAUAUUUUUUAUAUAUCUAACUCAGAUAUCUAAGUUUGGUUGGUUUUAAAUGUAUUAUUUUUAAAAUAAGCACAAUAAAACCAUAACUUUUUGAUACCAUGAAGGUGCAAUAACACUAAUGCAGACUAGCAUAGAGAGAUGAUGUGAAGCCUUGUAUGCCAAUAGUUUCUAAAGCACUAGCUCAUUGGCAGGUCCUGCAGCACUGCCUGCUCGUCUACAAAAAGCAGCUGGAAAUAUGGCACCAACUUCUUCUCCGCUUCAUUAAAAACAUUAGAAAUAAGUCCAGUGUAUAUUUUUACUGUCACUAGAAUCUGUUCUGAACACUAAGGUCACAUAAGAACAGCAGUUUAACUGAAAGUAUUUAAGAUAAUUCUUUAUUACGCACUCUGGCAGAGAUUACUUGCCUUUGCUAGCAUAAUUAUUAAGCUUUUAGUGUGCACCUACAGCACUGCCAGCAAGGUCUUCUUCAAGUUCCUACCUCUUCUACUAACGUAGAGUAGGACAGAUGUCAUAAGACAAACUGUUUUUGCUCUUCCAGUAUUUUCACAUCGAAGUAAUGCCUAAAUGCAAUGUUAUCUGAGAAGCAAUAAAAUUUUAUCUUGGCACACGUACAAAA